UAACAUUGGGGCAGGUAAUCUGUACUACGUCGAGUUUAAACCGCAGUGUCGUGCCGAAAAACAUGGUAGCGUCGAGUCAUAGCCUAGAAGAACUGGGGGUGAGUCACCCGGCGAGUGCGAGCGGCGAUCGAGGCUUGUCAGAGAGUAAUAAAACCGCUCAGACGGCACUCGACAAGCGGAGCAGAUUGAGCAACGUUAUAAACAACCUGAGGAAGAAGGUCCCCGAGUCGUCUUCCCAACCCCAACCCCAACAGCAACAACAGCAACGACAAGAAUCACAGCAGCAGCGUAACGAGGGCGACAGCGACGGGCGCAACAGCCUCGAACGGAAUUUGGAAACCCUUGAAAAGUACGUGAUGACCGUUCUGAACGGUGUGAUAAAGGACGAGGCCGAAGACGUGGCCGAGGACCGGAUCGAGGCGUCUUCGACUUCGUGUCCCGAUGAUGUAAAGAGCGAAGAAGAGAACGCGAAGCCUGAGAGAGACGCUGAGGAGACGUUGGAGGGGGCCAAAAACGAGGACGUAAACUGUCUCGCCGUCGCUGACGAGGACGAUGCUGCGAAAAAGCAUUCCAACGAGACCGAAGACGACAGCGAAUCCGAGAAGCUGAUGGACGCGUGCAGGGAGCUGAUGAACGACCUUCUGAACGACAUAAACAACCUCAUCGAGGGAAGAGCGUCGACCGGCGACGACGUAGAACCGAAGGAGGAAACCCGGGUCCAAAUCGCCUCCCCGACGAGCCUUCACUGCAGUUUGCCUCUGGAGAAGGUCGCGCCGAUGUUGCGUUCCUGCCAGGACUAUCAGCCCGUCGCUUUUUUCCAAUCUCCCCAGCGUUCGCCGUCUCGACCAUCGCCGCCGAUGGUACGUCACCUCUGCCUCUACUGCGACAGAAAGUUCCUGUCGAUAUCGCUCCGGCAACGGCACGCUGAUCGGGUUCACCAGGUCGGCGGGGCGAGUCGAAGAUCAGAGAGGAACUCGCGGCGGGCUGUUCAGACCUGUCAGUACUGCUCGGAGAAGGUAAUCGGCGAGGCUUCCGAAACGACGGAGUCGCCGGAGGCGGUGCCUUGUGAGACCGUCGACACCCUGGACGGGCUCUUCAAACACAUGGUGCGGAGCCAUCCGGACCGGUAUCACGCCUGUGUACAAUGCUCGACGCGCUAUGCGACAAGGGAAAGCCUCGCGAGCCACACGACGGAGGUCCACAAUGGUCAGGAGAAGGAAAAGGAGGCGAGUGUAACGACCAGGGUGAAGGAACAGACCGAAGAAACUGUGCAGGAAUCGGUAAAGAAGGAAACCUUCGUCAGCCCAGGAAGUCCCGAUUUUGAUAGCUCGUUCUACAGCAGUGUGAGCUGCAACAUCAGGGAGAACCUUUUACAUCAUCUUGACGGUAAACUCCAGGCUAAUUCGACCCUGGCUGUGAUACCGGCGGUUGAGGCGAAGCCCCAACAACAACAACAACAACAACAACAACAACAACAGCAACAGAACUUCUACGAGAGCAACGUCGCCCAGAUACAACUUCCCAUAGACAUAUCGCUCACCGCUGCAACGCCGGUCUACAACAAGGAGUACUCGAACGACGGUAACGAGAACUCGAGCGAGUACGCUCAACGGCCAGGAAAGACAAGGAUUCAUCCGAGGAGGGUGUCCUUUGAGAAGUACAACUUCCCGAGGAAGUACGACGGCAAGGAGCCUUGGUCCUGUUCCAUUAAGGACCUCAGCAAAUUUGACAUAUCCACGCAGCUUACGCUCAGGAAGAAACAGCAGCUCACAAACUCAAACUCGAAUGGUUUGACGAGCGGUGUUAGACAGGGUGGACAAACCGAUAUUGAUGUCACCGGGACUUCGGCUGGUGAGGAUACACCCAUCGGUGGUGAUGCUCACGAUGCUCUUGGAACAGCCAGUGUACCAUCCGAGGAAUCAUCGCCAAACUCGCCGCGGUGCUCUGACCUCAAUUUAGCCGAAAUUGACACCAAGACCACCAUGUUUACCUCAGAAUUUGCCAGCUUUAUGAGGCUCAAGAGGUGGGAUGAAGUUGUUAACGGUCAUGCUGAUCACAGGGAAAUUGUGUACGCCGAACUCACCGGCGAGUGGUCUAGACCCAGGAUUUAUAUUUGCGGUGCCUGCGCUGAUCGUCACGUGACUCUGAAGGAAAUGGAGGAGCACAAAUCGUGCGCUCAUCCGAACGUGUGGUGUUCGCACUUCGAGUUCGCAGGUGAUCAGCGUGAUCUGUACAAGCAUCUUUUCGUGCCGGGUAAAGGUUCACCGACGGCGAAGGCACGGGCGGCUAUAUCACCGGAAAAGAUUUGCACAAAGUGUUCGAAGAACUGUAAUACCCUGGCAGAAUUGCACAGACACAUGCUGGAGUGUGCCGGCGACCAGACCUGGCUUCUCGGGCUUUUUGGUAACGGUAAAAAGAAGUGCAAAUGGCGGCCGUUCGGUAGUAGAAGCCGCCGGCGAAGGCAGCGCGGCAUGAAGAGGAACAUCCAGAAUUCCCAGACCCCGAGGGCCAACACCCCGAAGGAUCGACACGCGAACGGACCCCGCGUCCGUCCCAGCGAUCUUCUCUUGUCAUGCUCGUUCGUAGGAGAAAGUAUCCAGAAAAUGUUGGCCAACCUUCCUCCCAAGAGAGCAUCUAGAAAAGUUCUCAGAGAAGAAAACCUGGCUAGAUCGAGGCGGGAAGCAGCGCAAACCGUGCAAACGCGUUCACGACCCCGAAUAUCGACGGACGUAACAUCCUCGGCUGUUCAGUCGAGGAAUAAGACUGUGCUGAAGAACAAGUUGCUGAAGAACGCUAAAUCCUUCCAGCGCAACAGGAGUAGAAUUGACAACAUAGCAGCGGCUAUCGAGAGCGUCGUGACAUGCAGGUUGCAGGGACGAUCAUCAACUUCCGAGACGAAACCGGCAGUGGAGUCGGUAAAACGUGGCGACGAGACGGGAACGAGGAUGGCGAAAAUCCAAGCGAAAAACGUCAUGGCGGUUCUGAGCAAGAAGAAAAACGUCAAGACGAAAAUCAGCACCAUCGCGAACAUCGAGCAUCUCAGGACGAGGGGACGGCCUUUCGGUGCCGUCAGGGUUUCCGGUCGAUCGAAGGUGGUGAACGUGGUUCCGGAAAAACCGGCUUUGAAGACCGGCAAACAUCCAAACCCGAAGAAUCAAGCGGCGCAGCAGCAGCAACUCGUCGCAACUGCUAAGUCUAACAAGGAAUCAGGAGAGGCUGGAGAGGCUGGUGUGAAGAGGCGGAAGAGGAAGGUCAUCGACCCCGUUGCCUCGAUGCACGCCUCGUUGAAGGCGAAGCAGCAGCUCAGAACCAACGACGGAAAGUUCGCGAGGAGCCCGAAUCACAGCUCCGAUGAACUGCCGACCCCGGAACGAUACCCGCGACGCCGCGCGAGCAUCCCGCAGUUCGUAAUUCCCAAGUCCAGGAUCAAGGUGACCAGAGAGGUCGGCAAAAAGAAGACCGCUAAAAUAACCGGACGCGUGUCCUCCGAUGGCGACAGAAUGCCGACCCUCGAGCCGGCUGUUCCGGUUAAAGACUCUGAGCUGUCCGAGCCCGAGGAAGAGCCUGAAAUACCGGGCCGUGGAAACGAGCUUCCGGUACUUUCACCCGCUGCCGUUGGUACCGUUCGCCGGACCUCCCGGGCCUCUGAAAAGAAGGAACUGGUGACCGAGGACCACCUUGACCUUGACGACGUCCUUGAGAAGAGCGUGAUCGACGUGGCGGAACUGAAGAGCAAGUUUGAACGGGAAAAUUCCUCGCAGAGGAAGGUGGAGGGCGGUAAGAAGGGUGUUCGAGGUCCGCGCGGCAAGCGGAAGGCGCAGGUGUCUUCGUUCUCCGCGUCGUUUUCUUCGCUGACGCAGGUUAAGGAGAAAAAGAACUUGCCAAAGAGGAGCGCGAGUGUUCAGGACGGGUACAGGGGCGGGCAAAAGAAGUCGGCGCAGCUGCUCACCGGAUCGAAGGAAGUCAAGCAGAACCCAAGGCGAUCAGGACGUACCUCGUCGACCAGGGAACGACGCGUGGAUGAGGCUGAGACUGCGCAGGAACCCAAAGCGGCGGAAGUUGUCGAGGAGGGAAAAGAUAAAAACAACACGAACAAGAACCCGACGGGAUACAAAGAGAGUCCAAGACGCUCAGGGCGGACAUCGUCGGUCAAGGAUCGCGGAGACGACGUCGAAGGAUCGCGGGAUGAGCCAUCCGUGACCCUGAAAAGCCGGGAGAAAGCGGAAGACGCGGGAGAGAAAAAGAGUCUAGUGAUGAUGACGAGCGUCAACGGAUGCAAACCGAAUCCAAGACGAUGCGGGCGAACUUCGUCAGCCAAGGAUCGUGCCGAGGAAAUCUACGCGGCCCAAGACGAGCCGAGACCAUCGAAGAGCCGGGAUCAGGUAACGGAAACCGGAGGUGACGAAGUCUCUGCUAAGCUGCAAAUCGGAAAAUCGGGGAGAAAGAGCGCCCAAAAAGGCGGUGGUGAGAAUCGCAGUAUUAAAAAACACGCCGACGACGAUGAUCAGCCGGCUUCCGUAAGUGAUGCGGAAGGUCCGCAUUCUCGUGGGAAACCGGAAGCCGAAGAGGAGGUGAACUCGGGACUGCCGAAGCGUGGUAGAGGUCUCGGAAAACGUAGAGGCCGUAUCAAAGCCCCGGAAGUCGCAGAGAAGCACAUCAACGAAGAUGAAGAGGCCGCCAUCGAGUCCCCGAUCAACCUGAGCCUUGAACGGCUCCAGCGGGAGUCGAGCAAUUCGAACGUCGAUAGUGGCAAAGAGAACUCGUCGGAAACUCCGGUUAUGGUUCCAAAACCGCGGGCCGUUCGUCCGAAGAAAACGAAGAGCGGACGACCCGGCCGUGACCGACUCGCUAAGCGCCUCGGCAGCGUUAUCGGGAUCCUGACCGAGGGUGUAAACAUUCCCGUUGAAGCGCAGCAGAGCGUUGUUCUGACGGUGCAAACCGCCUCGGUUAACGCCGAGCCAGCCACUUCCGGAAGCCAGGUGAAACCUGAGAGAGACGCCGUUGUCGAGGAGAAAGCCUCCGACGAGGAAAAGGGUUCGGUUGGCGAUGAGACGCUCUUGGAGAUCGAAAUUUGCCGUGGUAUUGAUGAGACGAAGAUUGGCUGCCCUGAGGAAGCGGAAAGCAAGUCUGAUAAGCCUGAAGACUCUGAAGAAGCUGAGAAAAAUCAAGUCGUCCAAGAUCCUGCGCCUUCCGGCGCUUGCGGAACUCAAGCAACUGCGGAAACUUUGACAAAAUUGGAACCAAUGCCCGCGGAAAAAACAACGAAUCGAGUUGAGCUUCAAGUGCCGUUCGAACCCUCGAACGAUAUAAUAAAGGAUUUGUCGCGGAGAAAGCCGAAAGGCAAGGGAUCGUUUUUGGAGAAAAUUGUAUCGAAAAUAGCGAAGCAAAAGGAUGUUUUGCUCGUCGAGGGUGACGUUGGAUCUCUCCUCGACAAUGCCGUCGACGAGUUGACGAAUAUACUCGACGAAGUUGCGCCUAAUCUUACGGAGAGCACGGAAAAUCUUACUACCAGCAUCAACGAGGCGCAGGCUCGGAACGACAAAGCGGCUGGCUUAAGUCUUGGUGAAAAAAGUCAAGGAGAAGGUUCUAGGGUUGAAAAGGGAGGAGAAGAAAACGCGGUACCGACUUUGAACCUGCAGAGCGAAUCCGUCGAGGUUCUUACCGCAGAUUCUGUGCCCGAUUACGACGAGGAUCGGUUGAUCGUGACAAGUGCCUCUGAUAAUUUAGUUAUCAUCGAUGCAUCGAAUGAAUCGGAAGCCAAGGAUGACGUGAAGAAGAACGACGACGUCACGGUGUCGAAGAAACGAGCUAUCGAAACGAACACGCCGAAGAAGAACAAACGGAAGUCCGUCGACGCCGAGGCGAUCAACGAUGUUGACGAUCUGCCAACGGACGAACUCUGCCUCGCUGACAUAAUGAAGCUUAUACAGAAGCCGAAGAGCAAUGGAGAGAAGGAAAACGAGACUGUUGCAAGGCCGGGGAAACGAAAAACUGGUGGUGAAAGCGAGCCGCGGACGAAAGGGCGGACCGAAGAUCUCGAAACUGGUGUCGAGACAUCAGUGACCGAGGACAGCGAGUCGAAAAGACCGAGGCGAAGAUCCUGCGUGAAGAAGUCGCUCAUUGAAGAGCACUUGCCGCUUGUGAUUGACGAUACGGAAAAAACCUACGACGACGAGGAAGCGUCUACGAAAAAUACAAACAAAAGGAAAAAUCUUCAGGUUGAAGAUACGGCUGUGAUUGAGGUCGAGGCUGACCAGGUGUCGAGGUCAAAUUCGGCGGUGAGCAAUCGUGCCGCGAAGAGGAGAUCGGUAGAAACGACUCGUCAGAAGACCGACGAUGACAGCGAAUCGUCGCAGGAACCGCAUCGACGAUCUUCGAAGAGGAAAUCAUCCCUCGUUAGUGAAAACUCAGACAUUUUUGCAGAUAGGGACUCGGUAAGUUCGGAGAACGAUAAUCGAGACGAGAACUCUGGAAGCAAGGCUAAAAACGUCAAACGAAUAACCGGAGAGGUUGAGGAAUCCCAGGCGAAUACGAAGCUCGAAUUCAGCGUCGGCGAAGCUUGCGAGAAAAAUAUAGCGACGAAAAAGAGGAAGUGCGGAAGCAAACCUGAAGAGAAAUCGAACAAAGAUGACGAGUCGAAGAGCGAAGAGACGCUCGAAGAGUCCAAGAAGAUGAAGACGUCUCGUUUUACCCCAAAGAAAACACCCUCGCUCGUCAACGAGCAUCUCGACUUAGACGACGAGGAUUCGACGACUCUUUCCGAGGCCGAAACUCCGGCCGAUUCUUUCACCAAAACCAAGCCCGAGUCCCCGCAAAUUGUUCACCGCCUUCGGACGCUCCGACAGAGAAAUUCGAAGCGGAAAUCCCUGGCCGAGGAUCAUCUGGAACUCUUCGACGACGAACAUGAGGAAGAAGUAAACCCCGAACUGUUCAAAGUGCCGGAAGUAGGUGAGGCGCAUCAUUCGCGAACGCGACGGUCCUCGAAGAGGUCUUUCACCCUGGCUGACACCGCGGCUUUGCUCGGUUCUGCGAACGAUGAAGCGAGUUCAACGAGGCAGAAAUCGUCGGGUGAAUCAUCGAGUUCAAAAGCGGCAGAUGUUGGCCAGGAUUUAGAGACAACGAUAAUCAACCGGAUUCCAAAGUCAAGUACACCAAUCGAAAUCGAGACUCCGGAGGAAUCGGUGAACUUGGAGAAAGACGAGAGUCUCGAACCAUCCUUGAUCAACGAGCACCUCGAUCUAUCCGACAAAAACGAGGAGGAUGUACCGAUCGAUGAUCUCGAGGAAAGCGACGCGAAGCUCAACGAGUCGGUACCGGUUUCGGAAACUGAUGCGACGACAGAAAUAUCAGCAGAAGAUGACCAGCUGCAACAGAUCCCGAAGAAACGGGGAACGGCUAACUUUGCUGUGGGUCACACGAAGAGCGGGGAAAUAUUGAUAGUCGAGAAGAAGAAGAAACUGACAAAGGAGGCAGCUCGAUUCUUUUGUGAGGUUUGCGCGACGAGUUUCACCCGUAAGAGUUCACUGAAGAAACAUAACUUGUCUCAGUCGCAUCUCGUUCAGAUCGCCAAGUCGGAAAAGAACUCUGGAAGCGACAUUAACCAAGGUGACGAGGCGGUGGAGAAGGAGGAUCGCGAGGAGGAGGGUCGAACGCAGGAUUACUGGGGCUCGGAGGACAGUCUCGACGACGUUGACGAAACGCCGGCUGUCGAUUCCUUGGGUUCGAAUCCCGACGACACGGCGCUUCAUCGGGCACCGAGAAAACCGCUCACGCCGCAGAUAUCCGAGGAGGAAGCCCUGGAGGAGGAACUCCUUGACGAGGAGAUAUGCAAGAUAACUGAAAACAUGACUCACGACGAUUUUGUCCUGACGGAUCACAUCAGCCCCGAACUUGAUACGGCGGUCAGCGUUGUUACCGCGAAGAAUAAAAACCCGAAGAAAGAGAAUCCGUCGGCUGAGGACGCGCAGAAGGCGAAGAAGAGGAACCUCGCCGAGGAACAUCUCGACCUUGACUCGCCCAGCCCUCAGCCGAAGCUCAACAAGGAAACGGAUGUCGAGCUCUCACCGCCGGAAAGUCAGACAGACACUCCGUGCAAAAGUGUCUCCAGGACGGAAAAGUUGUCCACGGAGUUCCAGAGGCCGAGUUCCGAACCCGAGGAGUCCGAUUUAGCCGAGAAAACUAAGGAAGCAGCGCCGGGCAGUUUGCAGAAAACAGAUGGCACGGAUUUAUCCGCGACGAUACAUCCGCUCGUCAGUAUUCCUGUCAAGAUUCAACGAGACGUUCUCGCUUCAUCGAACCUCGACAUUGACGACGAUUCGUCUUCGGAUCGACCGCUGGCUGAGAUUUUGUCGAAGAGCAGAAAUUCCCGACUUUCCGGUGUUUUUGACGAGAAUGUGAAAGAACUUCCCGUGUCUUCUUCGAGGACGAUAAAGUCCGUCGACCCGCAUCUUGGAUUCGUUGACGUCAACGAGAAAUCGAACGGAUCGAAGAGCCGGAAAACCACGGCGGAAUUUGAAAGUGACGAGGGCUCGACCGACACUCGGGUUUCAGUAGAUUCUAGAAAAGUUUUGAAGAACCAGGAAAUGAGUGCUUCGAAGCCGGUGGAGAACCAGCGGGAAGUGAGCCCGUCGAACGAUGAAUUCGAAAGUGAAAAGCCGUCGACGAGAAAGGUUCAACCUCGAAAAUCAAGGUCGGUGAGACCAAAGCCGAGGCGAAACGCGACCCCGAGUUCCGGCAGCGAAUCGAGCGAGGCUGAAAACGCGUCGUCGGAUUCGAGGAACAAGAACAAAAUUGUCAAGAGCGUAUUCGGACGGGUCUUCGGCGGUGAGAAGUCGGAAAAGGUCCAGGACAAGGUCAAGGAGGUCUUGGACGACUGGGAUUCUCGUUCGGACGACGACGCCAGGAGACGCGGGGCGUCGCUGUCGUCGGAGGACUCGAAGAAGCGGCGGAAUCGCUCCAGGGUGAAAAUCAGGGAGGACGAGAAACGCGGUGAAUCGCGGGUCAGUCGUCGAAGCAAGAAACGGGCCGAAGAGCGGAUAUCCAAGGCCUUCGAGGAGGAGGCAGUCUCUGUUGGCAAGCAGAACGGCCCCUCCGAAAACGAGCGUGAGGAGCUGGAGGAAACGACCAAGGACGAGCGCUCCGCUAAACAAGGCGAUGACGAAUGGCCCGUCUUCGGUGCCGAAGCCGAAUGUACGGACGGCAAACAGCCCCUGAGGACCGGCGACGAGCGCAACGUUGUUUCCGAGGCGGAGAACUCGAUGAACCGGGCAUCGCUUCCGGAAUGGGCAUCGCUACUUCCGUCACCGUCGCCACCCUCGUCACCGGCGCAAAGCAGCGUCGCCCCGAGCAGCGUCAGGAACCGGUCGCCGACUCCGGACCGGAAUUCACAGUCCUCCGAUUCAUCGGAGUCGGACGACGACGGACCACGAUGCAGACUAUCGCCGCUUUACAUUAGGAACACACCUGACACGUCGAUGGACAGCGUUGCCUCGGACGCGAACGAAGAUUUUGUCACCGACGAUAAGGCACGGAAAAAAUUACCGCUGCUUGAUUCACCGGUCGUGAAACUCGCCGAGGAACACCAGGUCGUUAUCAUCGCUCCGACCGACGCCCUCGAGGAUAACGCCAUCGACGUUCCCCGACCCGCCCUCAUUCAGACUGCUGCUGCCUCUCUGCAGAAACCACGCCAAGUCAAGGUCCUCAAUUGCGACGAGAAGCUGUUCGUCGAGUGCUGCUCCAGGCUUAAAACAUCCGAAAACGAACUCCGGGGCGCCAAGAAAAUACAACUUGACCACUCAGACGCCUACAGGAUUAAGGACGCCGUAGAUGGAUCCGGGUUUAGGAGCAUCCGCGACAGGUUCAGAGAUGCAGAGAGUCAGAACAGCCUUGGUAGUCUUCUCGAGUCCGUGAAUCAGUUACUCGGCGAGGAGAGGUACGCGAACAAUGAAAAGGACUACUCGAAACACGCGGUGCACCAUCGACGAAGCGAGAAUUCUAGUCGCUCCGUAAGCCCGGAUCUCGAAGCGUCUUGCACGCCGCCCGACAACCUUGGCUACGAAGAUAGUCUCGAUGUCGCCUUCGAGCAUAACAACAAAUUGCGGGACAAGAUACAGCAGCGAAUGCGGGAGAGCGAGAAUCUGAUCGCCAGCUCGUUUCCCCGCGAAGCUAACAACCCGACGACCCGGCAUCCUUCUCAUCGCGACUUGAAUUCCCCACGUGGAGUUACUGCUCAUCCGACUUCAACCGUUCACAUGGAGGAACCGAGGAUCGCUUCCUGUGUCACCAAGGGCCUAGAAGAUCAUCAUCAUCAUCAUCAUCAUCAUCAUCAUCAUGCCUCGAAAAACGCUUCCCAUGAAUCCGCAGGCUUCAAGCAUAAGAUGACAUUCCCCUUGGGUGGACUUCUUGACAAACUCGCACUUUCCAAUCUACUUCAGAACACUACCAAACACGAUCACAAUGGUUCGACGCCGAUGACGGUUUUGGCAGAGCUGGCAUGCGCUCGAGCACCAUCGGCAACAAGGAUUGGCGAACUGGAACCAAAAGUCCUGGACAGCAUACCGACGGAUCGCAAGGAUUUCCCGAUCCGCAGGAUACGCAACCCGAUAAAAGAGUUAUUCGAACGUAAAAAAGAGCUGAACGAUCGUAACCAAAGCGACAAAACAAGAGCCGUUGUGGUGGCGGUUGCAGCGCUCAAGGAACUGAACGUCCAUCGGCAGCGUAACAAGAACACGACGACGGCGAAGAAGUCGAGGAGGCAACAGCGCUCGCAGGAGUUUCCGUUGGUGCGGAAAAGUCCCUACAGCGGAAUGGCCGAGAGGAAAAAGCGCAGGGAUAUUUCGUCGGACAAAAAGGAGCCGCCGGUUAUCCGCAGCGACAAGGUCAAGGACGUCUACGAUUUUGACGACGAGGAGAGCCAGGCGGAAGUUGCGAUGCCCAGCGUCGUCUCGUUCCGGAGCAAGGUUACGCCUCUGGAGGUUGACGUGGCCAGCCUGGCCUCGAAGGCCAUCGUCCAGACCCUCGAUAACGGCAAGGAGGCGGACAUCCUGGACCGCAGACUCGAAUCGAUGAUCGACCGGAAGUUCAAGGAGGUAGAAAAGUCCGCGCCGAAGACCAAGGGCGCUCUCAAGGCCUUCCAGAACGAACGAACUGGCCCAAAAGACGCUGCCGAAGCCGAUUCCGGAACCAAAAAAGCCAAGGAGCCGAGUGAUGUUAAACGGGAAGAUGAGGCUUUGGGCCCGAUGGACGAUUUUGUGCAGCGCGGUAAGCAGAGCUCGAAGCGUAACAGCGAGUCUGGGAAGAGGUCGAAAUCCAAAAAACGGGGUAAAACGUCGCGGAAGAAAUCGCGACCCUCGGCAUGGUACGAAAACGACAGUUCGGACGAAUUCAGAACCGCUGCGAAGACCGAGGACGUUGGUGUUGGGAUAUCAAAGAGCCAGAGAACCUGCUCGAAAGGCAAGCAAAAUCUGUUCGCCGAGUUGUCGUCGACUUCGUCAGAGAGCGAGGAGGAGGUCGAGCUUGAUUUGGAUCGUGAAUCGGCGGAUUUGUUACCCGACGAAAUCGACGCUACGGAAGAACCCACGCGCGAAAAAUCACCCGAAGAUCGUCUCUGUCAGGAAACGGAAGAGCACAAGACCAGAAAUUAUUCCGAGACAAAGAAAUCCGAGUCUGAAAUGUCCGAUCAUCCGCUCGUUAUCGACGAGAGAAGAGACAGCGACGAGGAAAGCAAUGCCAGGAACAAUUACGAGCCUUCGUUUGAGAUGGAUGACCUUUACAGAGAAGACAGCUCCGACGAGGGAGAUGCUGAGUGCCCCGUUUUCGAGGAGACGGACAAAGCGGUCGAGGAGAAUUCCGAGGUCCUGCCGAAGUCGAAGUUCCUCAAGGAGGACGAACUGAUUCCUCUUGAGGAGGCUCUCGAUCUUCUUGACCAACCGGGAACCCUCGAAGAAUCAACGAGCCGGUCUAAGGAUAAAGGGAAGAAAUUUUCAACGGAGGGAGAAACUGAGGGGGAUAAUACUAGUGUCGCUAAAGGUGAAGAGCUCGUUGAAAACUAUGCCGAGAGUCCGGCGAAUGAGAAAAUCGACGAGGACGAGAUGGUUCAACUGCCAGAGAAACUGCCCGGAAAUGAAAAGCCGGAGAAAGCCUCGGACAAUCUACCACUUCACGUGUUCCUAAGCAGAAAGGUGCAGGAGUCGAAGAAACGGAAACAACAACACCUCAAGAAACUCCAAGAGGAGCAGGAACGGAUUUUGUUGGAACUGCAGCCGACUCGGAGGCAGAGGAAAUGCGCCAUUGGAAAGCAAGGAUUGCUAGCGGAGAUAAGCAGCUCUUCGUCCGACGAGGGGGGUAGCGGUUUGAGGAAGUAUCACGACAGGGACAGGUCCUUGGAUUCGUCGGAGAAACCGCGACGGCAGAAACGCGAGUCGAGGGAGAAGCGGAAGGAAAGAUACAUCGAGAAGAAACACGAGCAGAUAAUAGCCAAGGAGCAAAAGGCGAUACAGGAAGAGAUCCUGCGGGAGCUUGGAAAGAAGAAAGACGAGAGAACGACCCCUGCGAAGGAUUCCGGAAAGUCCUUCGAAGGCAGCGAUUUCAAUCAGGAGGAUAUCAAAGGAGGAGCUGAGAGUAAAACGAGUCCGAAAAAGCAGAAGAAGCAAAAGCCCCAGAAAGCUGACAGCGUCUCGGGUGAUUCGAUGGAAAAAACAGCGGACACCACCAGAGAGAAAAUUAGCAUCAACGAGUCGCCGUCGCGGACAAAGAAGCAGUCGAAACCUGAUCAAAAAUCGCCGAAGAAAACGUCGAACUCGUCUGGCAGGAAUAAAAGGCAUUCAACCGGUGGCAAGUCGGCGGCUGAAUUGAACGGCAAGGAAGCAAAGGACGGCAAGGAUCGAAAGUCGUCGGGAAUGAAGCGGGACUCGACGGACGAAGAGCUGCGUACUACCAAAUCGUGGAACAAGGUUGAAGAAGGUGUCGGCGUCGCGAUUGGACGCAGGAAACGGGCUGCAGCCAAUCAGCUUUAUUACUGGUCGAGCUCGAGCGACGAAGAAGAGGAAAUCGUUGAGGAGCCUCUGGCCAACGCUGAGGAGGAAGAUGACCGGCAGGAGCAGCACGGCUGGAUCGUUGGCGAUUCUCAUAAGAGAAUGAUAACGAUGCUCGCCAUGGAAAAGCAGCUCAAAGAGAAACGGAGACGCAGCGAGGACGAGUUUGAGCCCAACAAGGCGAAGAAUAAAAAGCACAGAAAUAGCACGUCCUGAUACAAUUACGACGACUGAAUUUGAUUACCAAGCGAAAUCGUAGUUUCAUUAACGUAUUAACAUUGUUUAUAUUAUUAUUGUUAUUAUUAUUUUUUUUGUCAGUUUCCGCUCGAACAUAGAGGACCGAUCUACGGUAACGCAUAAUUGGCCUUUUAUUUUGAUGUGGGUUUGGGUUUUUUUUUUCCUUUUUGUAUAAUUUCUGUAGCACCUUUUCGUUACUUUCAAUCAUUGCCAAUGCUUAUACCGCUAAAAACGUAUCUUAGGUAAUUUAUAAUAAAAGCUGGUUACAUUGGCCAAUGAAAACGUAGCUGCGAAUAAAACGUGGAUAGGCUUGCAAGAAACGAAAGAAGCCGAAUAAGGCAGUCGUUUCCAGUUUGAAGAUAGUGAAAAUAAAUAAAUAUAAAAUAUCAAAAAGUGACUAAAAUAACUUGUAAUAUGGGUCACGGUAAAAUAAAAAAAAAUAAAAAAUAAAUAAA